AUGCCAUCCAACGUCAGCACCUUGACCAAAUGUGAACUGGAUGAAGUUGUGAUCGAGAUGGUAUGUAGGUAUAUGCUGCAACAAAAUCGACCGUAUAGUGCUAUUGAUGUAUGGAAUAAUCUCCGACAAGAAUAUCCCAAAGCUCAGGUAAUCAAAUGUUUGGAUGUUGGGGUGGAACGGGGAUUCCUAUGCGAGAAACUUAUUUCGAAACAAAAGAUCUACUUCGCUGAUCAGAGCAAAACUGAAAAAUGCAAUGAAGAAGAGCUCCAAGCUAUGAACGAAUCUAUCAUCGAGAAGAAAAAUCGCUUAAAUGAACUUAGCAACGAAAUAAAAGUCAUAAAAAAUGAGUUGAAAGAGUAUGGAAGCGCAAUGAGAAUAGAAGAGAUGAUUGCUUUACAAACGACUCUGAAAACACAGAUAAAGGAAAUGGAGAAACGUAUCAGUGGAAUGGUAACUCAUGCGAAGGACGAAGUUGUAAAUGAAAAAAGAAAAUCGGAGCUUGCCGCAAAGCAAGAAUAUUAUACGGGGCAGUACAAGGAGCGAAAACGAAUUGCAGAUCGAAUUGUUGAUGUAAUAUGUGAAAAUGUCAACAUUUCGAAAAAAAAAUUAAUGGAAGAUAUUGGCUUUGAACUUGACUGA